AUGUAUAUUCAAUCAUGGGUCUUAGCGGCUUUAUGUGUGAUUGUCAGAACAGUGGACUCGGAUUCAACCACUCAUUCAACCACUACAACUACAACAUCGUCGACCACAAAAAUUCCCCCGGUUGUGCAUUGUGUGAGUGGGCCGGGAAACAAAUGCUUUUUCAUUGGGACAAAUGAUGAAUGUGACCCUUGUGCCAAUGAUCCUUGUGGGCCGGAUCUUCGAUGUUCUUUGAAACAAAAUAGCUGUCAACCACAAUGUUUUUGCAAGAAAAGGACCCAGCAUUUCAUUUUUGGCUCCUGCAUGAGCAUUUGCACUCCAAACCCGUGUAACGAUCAAAAGUGUCAAGAGACUGAAACACUUUCCGAAGGCUAUCGAUGCAUUUGUGAUGCUGAUUGGGAUGGGAAAUUUUGUGAAAAAUGGAAAAAUUAUUGCUUAGAACCAAAGCCGACUAAUUGCCCCAAAGGUCCUCAUGAUUGUCAGAUGAAAGCCCCAGGAGAUUAUGAGUGUGAGUGUACAACGGGCUUUUUUCAUAAUCAAGCCAACAAUAGCUGUGAUAAAAUUGGUCAACUGUUGGAAGUGAAGCUGAAAUUCACCGGUGUCUACUAUCACGAGUUGCUAAAUAACAUCUCAUCUCCAUAUUUUCAAAAUACAACUUUAGAAAUCAAUGAAACGUUAAGCGAUAUUUUCGGUGACGAUUUGCUUGGAUUAGCUUACAAUAAUUUUACGGAAGGAUCACUGAUUGCUAAUUUCAAUGUUUCCCUAAAGGUGCAAGGGUUUCCCGAAGAUAAUGUCAAUAGAUUUGAGCGCUACAUUGUCGAUUGUCGGAGUCGUGACUGGAAAGAGAACGGCUCGCGUCUUUGCUUUCGCUCGCUCGGCGUGCCCUUCAUUUUAUUUGAUGGCAUUCACUCGAAUGAUUUGCGAUGCUCUGGGAUCUUUUGCCCGCCAAGAACACGGUGUAUCCCGCUAGAUAAUGAGAGCCAAAGAGUGAGUUGUGUCUGCGAAAGGGGCUAUAGAAGCAUCGGAACAACGAGCGAUCAAUACGGCGACGUGAUCGAGAAGUGCCAGGAUAUUGAUGAAUGCACUAGCAACGAGGGAUCGCCUUGUCCCUUCGACGAGGUGUGCAAGAAUCAUGACGGUGGUUACAAUUGUAUCUCGACGCCGUGUGCCAAAAAUCCAUGCCCAGGAAAUGCUGUUUGUGUUUCGGAUAGUGUCGGCUUUUACAAAUGUGAAUGCAGCUGGAUCUAUUCGGCAAGUGGUUGCACUUCGGCUUGGCCAUUAGUCGUGCUCAUUGUAGCCAUUUUCCUUCUCAUUUCCACCACCGUACUCAUCAUUUCUCUGAUCUUGUGCUGCGUGCCCGAGCUAGAGGACGAGACGGCUCAGGCCGACAAUUUGCGCGGAGGAGAGCUCGCCUCCGCGCUCUCCUCCUCAUCACUUGAAAACGCCAUCAAUCGAUCGAACGGUGGUUCCCCGUCAUCUCCUUCUUCAUCGGCUGAAGUAAAUCUGGCGCCCGCUGAUCCGAGAUCCACCGAACCUUCGCGGAAUCCCCGUGGACGGAGUCCGCUACUUAAGCAUGUGAACAAAGCGAAGACAACAAUGGGUGACGAGGGAGUUCGUGAGGAACGCAACCAGCUCGCUCGUCAAGAUGCAUCCGUUUCGGCGAUGAUUCGGAGAAGUCCUCUCGGAAGCCGUCCAACGUCGGCUCUUCGCUCCUCGUUACUGCAAUUGCAUGAGCUGAAAGAAGAGAGCUCG